CGAUUACUUCCAACCACCAUCUUAUCUCAAUAUAUAGUGCCCGCAAUGUCGAGUCACCUAGACUGGUGGCCACAUUGCAACAUAGUCGAUAGCAUUCGAUUUGCACUAAAUAAGGACUUGACAGACAUGACAUUGAUCACCACCCAGUGAUCAAUCAAUUGUGAAUACAUCUCAGUCCUACAGGAGAUCGGUCGCGACUCGGAUAGCUCAGUGGUAACGUCUCUCUCUGUGAAGCUGGGUGACACGAGAUCAAAUCCGCCAGGGAGCACCAGUGCCCUCAAGAUUACAGGUACACUUUGCUGACGAGUACCAUGUAGUACGAAACCCGGGUCCAGGAUUUCCUAUCGACUACCUCCAACCAUCAUCUAAGUUGGUUUUAUUUAAAGCUUAACAUAUAUCAACAUCUCUAUUAUCAGUAGUCAAUAUCAUUAUUUUUAAACUACCACCCACGCAAACACUUUCAUCGAAAUAUUAACCAAUCAUAUUUUGAGAAAAAAAAAGAUAUAUAAACAAAAUUAAACUAUCACAAAUAGUUUAAAUUCAAUUAUUCAAUCCUUAUUAUUCAUUAAAUAGAAUGUACAAUUGAUUAAAUGUUAUAUUUGUGAUCAUUUACUUGUAAAAGAAUAAUUUAAAUAAUUAUUAUUAAUUUAUUAAAUAGUUGACUAAAUUUCUUUCUUCUUUGUUUUAAUUCAUCAUGUAUAAAUGUAUCAUAAAACUAUUUUCAAAUUUAUCACAUUUCAUUCAAUUCAAACAAAUUUUGUUACAAUUUAUAAGUGUUACUUGUUUUGUUAUGAUGUUUUUAUUUGGUGCAACAUCAUGUUGGUUAUUAUGGAUUUAUUUACUUAUUAAAUUUAUUAAAUUAUUCUAUAUUAUUGGUUAUAAAUUAAUUAGUAAUGAUAAUAUUAUACAAAAUUCAUAUGAAUUUAUACAUAAUGAACAAUUAUAUGAUUUAUUUCGACAAUUUAUUACAUUAUUUUUAAUUAUUAUUGUAUAUUGGAUAUAUUGGUAUAUUGAUAAAGGUUCCGAAGAGAAAGGUAGUCAUCCAAAAUAUUUUAUUAGAAAUUUAAUAAUAUGGAAAUAUAUAGCAUGUUAUUUUCCAAUUAAACUUGUUCUUAGUGAAUUAUAUCAAAAUAAUAAUAAUAAUAAAGAUAAUGAAAAUACAUCUGAAUUAACUACACUCAAUGUUAUUACCAAUCAAAAUUGUCAUAAUGAUGAAGAUCAAAAUUCAAAUGAUAAAAUGUAUAUUGAAACAAUUAUAAAUAAACAAGAUUAUUCUACAAAUGAAAACAAUUUAACAUGUAUAAAAGAAUUAUUUCCUACAAGUAAUAAUUAUCUAGUUGGUUAUCAUCCACAUGGAAUAUUUGGUAUUGGUGCUUUUAUUAAUUUCUUAACUGAAGCUAAUCAAUUCUCUGAAAAAUUUCCAGGAAUUACACCAUGGUUAACAACAUUGGAGAUUAAUUUCAAAGCGCCAUUUUAUCGUGAUUUUCUAUUAUCUUUUAAUCUUGUAGCAGCAACAUACAAAGGACUUUCAUAUCUCCUUGAUUCUCAACAAUGUGGAAAUACAGGAAAUUUCGUUGUCGUCGUUUUGGGUGGUGCUCCUGAAGCAUUAGAUUCACGUCCUGGGAAAUAUGUCUUCCACACUAACCGACGAUAUGGCUUUUUUAAGUUAGCAUUAAUGACUGGGUCGCACUUGGUACCGUGUGUAUCGUUUGGUGAACCGAAUAUGUUUAAACAAGUGUACAAUCCUGAAGGGAGUUGCAUAAGACACUUCCAAAAUCGAUUUACGAAAAUGGCAACAUUCUCACCUCCUUUCUUUUAUGCUCGAUUUUUUCUGCCUUAUCGGACAGAUGUAAACACAGUCAUUGGACGACCAAUACCGUGUGAAAAAAACCCAAAUCCAACAAGAGAACAAAUAUCAGUGCUGAAAGAAUUAUACCUAGAAGAACUUCGAAAUCUUUACAAUAAAUAUAAACCAAUCUAUGAUCCAGAUGGAGACCUAAUGUUUGUUUGAAGCUGAGAUAAUCGUAUUUUCACAGUUUAUUCUAUUAGCCAAAAAAACAAUAAACAUUACUAUCUAGGACUUUAUGAUUCUGAUUAUUUUAUUUAUGACAAUUAUUUUUCAGUUUCAAGAUGUACAUUCAUUUGAAAACA